UCCCGACUGGGGACCUCGGGUUCCCCGAGAGCGACCCGCCUCCGGUCCCCUGGAGAGCGUAGGGGCCGCUCCUGCCUCCAUUCCCCGUCCCCCGUCCGAGCGUCCUGAGCCCCUCACCCGAAGAGCUAGUGGUCGCGGCCUCAAGUUUACCGGGGAGUGGGGUGGGACUCCCCGAACUCUCGGGGACCUUGAUUCCCGGGGAGGAAUGAAUGGCUGGGACCCAGCGCGGGAUUGGGGACCCUGUCGCGCGAGCUUGUACAAACAGAUGUAAAGACCACGGGUGAACCUGUCUACAUGGCUGGGGCGGCAUGUCGGGUGCGAAGAAUACUGAGUCAGUCAAUCGAGAGAUGUGUCACAACAAAAAGGAAAAAAAGAUACCAUCUCAAUGUUGGUUUAUGUUUAUUUUCCACUGACCCGGAAUCUCUGAAGAAGCCCUUGACCUUUACUCCAUCUGAUUACCUAUCUGCCGCUCGUCGGAAGUGGUAUCACCAGGUUAAGAGAUAUGGAAAACUACAAACAGAUUCGGAGAAGAGUCCCAAUAGUUAUUAAAAUUCUGGACUAGAUUAGGUAAUGUAAAACAGUCUAUUUAGGGAAGAGGAGCUUAAUGAUUUACUUAAGCUUCUCAAAUAUACAAACAUGGUGGCAAUUAGCUGUUGUGGCUUGCUGGAGAACUAAGCAAAAAAGAAAAUACAUUUAUGCUUCAACAGAAAUAAACUUAGGUGAAAAAAAAUAAAUAAACGUAGGUGACAGCUAAUAUAGUUCUGACGAUUUAACUUAGAAAUGGUUUAUUGAGGUAUUUGAAGGCAGUAGCACUUUGGAGAGUUUUCUAAAGGAUGGAUUUAAAUAUGUCGAUUUUUAGUCUAACCUUUUCUAUCAUUACUUGCCCUAGAGUUCUGAACCUUUUACAUAUAUUAACUCACUUAAUCCUAUGACAACCCGAUGAUAGAUAAUUAAAAAAAAAAUACACCAAACUCACUGCCGUCAAGCAGAUGCCUAGUUUUUGUUAUCCCCAUUCUAUAGAUGUAGAAAUGAGUGCUGAUGGCCUAGUGGAUGGCAAGUUGGGCUGCUAACCACAAAGUCCAGAGUUCGAGCCCACAGGCCCUCUGAGGAGGAUUUCUGCUCCAGGAAAGACUGACAGUCUCAGAAACCAACAGGGGCAGUGCCAGUCUGUCUGACAGGGUUGCUAGUCCUGUAGGGUCGCUGUGGGUCAGGAUUGACUUGAUGGCAGGAAUUCAGUUGAGUUCCACGUGUGGGCAUUGAAAUGCAGAGCUUACGUGGUUUUGCAGUGAGUUCAGUGUGUGACUGCUCCAAUCCGCUAACCACUGCCCGUGGCCGAUCUGUACAAAGACAUGGCCAUCUGCUUCUGGCAAGACUACAGCCUUGGAAACCCUGGGUGUGGCUCUACUGUUGUGGGGUCGCUUUGAGUUUGAAGCAACUCCCUGGCAGAAGGUGGGGGUAAUGAUGGUGGUGAGUGGCAAAGCCAAAAUUCCACCCCAGCUCUUUGCUGUCAUAUUUGGAGCAGAACCAAUCAACCGAUGUUGUAACUAUCACUGUAUCUGAGCUCUGCUGGUGCGGUCACGUAAGUAUUAGCCUGCUUACCAGAGGGUGGCAGUUGGAAAACACCAGUGGCUCCACAGGAGAAAGUUGCCCUGGGAGGAUUUCCAGGCUUAGAAACACUAGGUUAUGUUUUGAGUCAGCCUCCACACAGUUUGGUUUUCGGUUUUGUUUUUGGCUCCUUUUGCUUUUACCCACAGUAGCUACCCCUAGUAAGGGUUCAAUUAAACAUCAAAAAUCACAUACGCAUAAAAAUCGUUCCGUGGAGUCCCGCACUUCACUGAAUUGAUUUGAAUUUGAUCCUCUCUGGGGAGGUGACUUAAGCAACGAUACCAAUGAAAGGGGAUUCAGUCACGGGGACAUAUUGGGAAAGAAUGUUCCAAGCAGAAGGAACAGCAGGUACAAAGGCCAUGAGGUAGGAAAUUGCUCAGUUUCAUGUGAGGAAGACUCAGGAGGUGAAUGUGAUUGGAGCUUUGUGCAUGAGAAGAGUAGAAGGGGUGUGUUUGAAGCAGGAGCCAGGGGUCAGGUCAUGUACACAUACUGUCUCAGCUGCUCAGUUUGAAAACAUUAACCUCCAAGAAACACACAAUCAACAGAUUGGAGUGGUUUGUAACAGAAAAGAAGGAUAGUUAAGCUGUUCAAAAGAAAAGGGAUUAUUAAAUGACUAUCACGUGGCACGUGGGAUCAGACAGUGGUGUGCAUUAUCUCACUUCAUCCUCACCGUGAGUCUGCAAGGGAGGUCCAACCUCAGUUUUGCCGCAUGAAGACCUUGGGAAAUCAGAUAUACUAAAUCGCUUAUUUCACAAGAUUGGUGGAUGGACUAUAAAGCAGUAGCCCAGCAAACUGCUCAAGAAGUUUUAGAUUACAGUCAAGAUACAGCAGGCUGGAAAGUGGUGAAAACUUCAAAAAAUAUAAUUGUCUCCAAGAAGGCUUCUAAAAUAUUCAAUGGAAAUAUCUAUCGUGUUGAAGGGACGAUUCCACAAUCAACAAGUAGGCUAUGUGAAUUUCUCUACCCACCUGAACACAGAAUUAAAUGGGAUAAAUCAUUGAAAGUGCUCAAUAUGGUGCGCAGGAUUGACUCGGACACAUAUAUAUGUCAUGCCAUCACACAAAGCUUUGCUAUGGGUUCAAUCUCCCCCCGUGACUUCAUCGACUUAGUUCACAUCAAGCACUAUGAAGGGAAUAUAAAGAUUAUCAGUUCUAAUAGUGUGGAUCUUCCAGAAUACCCUCCAUCUUCAAAUUAUAUCCGUGGUUAUAACCAUCCCUCUGGCUAUGUAUGCUCGCCUCUACCAGAAUCAACUUUUCCCUCUAAACCUCAAAGGUUUUUAUGUGCCAGGAUAAGGCACGAGGGUGCUAUGCAGAGGAAGACAGGUAUGUCUUUGUUCCAUAAUGUGCGAAAGGUGACUGCACAGUCUGGUGGGAAAGAAAAGAAAAAUCUCCAUCGGAGUCAUCUGUACAGAUUCCUUUAAGGACAAGGAAUAUAUGUAUGUUGAGAACUGGGAAGUGCAUUCCCUUAGAAGUAUUCAUCCUUUCAUACUCCUUGAAGUUUGAUAUUUCAUCGUAUUUUCAUGACUGGGCUAGUUCAUAAAAGGUUACAAUCUUCUUGGAGGGCAACUUGGAAAUACUAUUUCAAACUGAUAAAAACACAAAACCGAGCAUGUUAUGUUCAGUAUUUGGGGAAGUGUGAAUGAAUACAUUACAAGGAACUUUUAUUGCAACUUGAUUUACAGUAGCAAAAAGUGAGAAAUGGUAGUAAGGGAAUAGUUCCAUAAAACAUGAAAUACUGUAUACAGCCAUAAAAAAUUAAGCAGAUCUGUACCUAUCAACAAAGAGGAAAGUUUAUAGAUAUAUCUCAUUGUUAUUAAAUAUAUAUAUGUAUAUUGUGGAGUAUACAAGUGUGUAUUUAUACAUAUGCACAUGUGUAUACUACCUUAUAUAGAGACAACAAUCUGACAAUGCAAUCAAAUCUAUGAACUAUGAUUUUCACUAGGGGACCCAAUAAAGGAAUAAGGGAAUGAAAAAUCAUCUACAGUUAUAAAAUUUCUGAGUUGCUUAAGUUGUUGUAAUAUGUAUAUAUUACUUUUAAGGAGCUCUGGUGGUGUAGUGGGUUUUAA